GCCUUUUGCUGAAUUAGCAAGGACUCCCCCAAGAAAAUCCUUAAUUUCUCAGCCGGUACAUUAGCUGCAGCCCCCAAAUCAAAACAAGCAACGACUUUGGAGCUCUGGCUACAAGACAAUGUAGUUUGGUGUGUGCUAACGUGAAUGAUGGAAGAGUUUAAAGGCACAAUGUAAUGUGGAGUAUAGAGCAUCCACAGCCAUGUUUUGGUACACAGAGCCAGCGCUGUCUUGGUCACUUGCAGAAUUAAGAGGAGCUGCAUCAUCUUAUUUUAAAUCAAGAAGAGAUAAAAAUACCAGAAAAAAUAAAGGUGAAGUUGACAAGCACAGAACAUUGUGCAGGAGACAAGGACGAAUGCGAGAUAAACUACGAAGAAGAAUUGAAACGCUUAGCUCUACAAAGUGUUCUGAGGAUAGAAAGGAGACCAUAAAGAAAGCUUUAAUUUUAGGUUACACAAGCUCUGAUGAAAGUGAUCUUUCRGAAGAUGAAAAUGGUGACCUCAAGCUGAAAGGCUACUUGGUAAAGAAAUUACCUUGGGAAAGAUCAGCUUUGAGGAAAAUGAAACAGGAACUAGAUGGCCUGCAUUUAAGAGGUUUAAACCCUCGUGUGAGAGGUUCUUUUCUUUCAAGAAGAAAUCAUAAUGAACUCUCUAGCAGGGAAUAUCCGAACAUUGUCAUCAACUGGGCAGUUCGUAGACUUGCUGAUGAUCAGUCAAACUCUACCAAUGACACUCCACUGCAUAGUUCCACACCAAGAAACCGUCUUUCAAAAUCUGUUUAAAAUUUUGCAUUUUUGAAUUGCUGUAGAGUGAUUGCA